AUGGAAAACUCGCGCUGCGUUGCAUGGCUUUCACGAGUUUGGACUCAGUUGACUGGCCCGUCCCCUACUCGAGGGGACGGUGGUUUCGAAAGCCUACCUGAUGAGGUCGUGACCGAUAUCCUCAGCCGCCUACAAGCCGAUCAAGUGGUUAAAUUGCGAAGCGUGUGUAGAAGAUGGUGUGCCUUAACUGCUGCUCCUAAUUUUGCCCAACGCCAUCUCGAGAAAGCCGCUCCAUUGAUUGUCUUCCAAGCAUUUUAUUGGACGUAUCAUCGGCGUGACGGGUUCCAUUUGUUCUAUGUCGACACCUGCUCCAAGAGAAAGAAGAAGCUAAUUGGCAAGAUAAGCUCCACGAGAAUUCUACACAUGUCAUCGACGACCCAGAGACAUCUUAAACUUUGUGGUUCCUGCAACGGUUUGCUUAUAUUCCAGCGUGGUACUCCUGAUAAAUACGAUUUCGAGAAGGUGGCUCCCUUUACUUAUUACAUCUGCAACCCUAUCAUACAAGAGCUAAUCACCGUGAGAGCAGGAGGCAAGGUCUUUGGCUUCUUUUUCCACUCUCUUGCAAAUGAGUAUCAACUGCUUAGAUUCAAUCAAUCUAGCGAUGAUCAGUUUCGAUUUGGUAUAGGCAGCUUAGGGCCAAUGAUGUGGAGGGAAGUAGGGCCGUUUCCGUAUCGCCCUCGUGAACUAAACGCUCCUCCGGUCGUUAAUGGAUGUCUCCACUGGAUGGCGAUCGGACCGUGCUCACAUUCCAUCAUGCUUUUCAGAAUAGAGGAUGGCGAGUUUCGUUUCAUGCCUCAUCCGGGCAAAUUGAAUCAAUCAUGUGAGGGACAUGAAAACAUGCACUUGUUGUCGUCGAAGGGUCGGUUAUACGCCUACCGGACGUACGCCAAAGUCUUGGGCAUAUGGGUUUUGGAGGAUGCUGCGAGCUGGCGCUGGGUUAAAAAGUUCAACGUCCAUCUUGAACGGGAUCUCAAGCAGUUUCCUAGGAGCUAUCAGGGAUUUUUCGAAACGAAGCUUUGGGAUGUAUGGAAUGAUCAAUUGUUGUUGAUGUUGCCUGGAAAGGGUUUGUUGAGGUAUCAACGGCAAUCGAAACGAAUCAUGAAAGUUCAAUCUGGACGUCUGAAGAAGGGUUUUAAAAUGAUCAGUGCCGAGUAUACGGGGAGCCUCGUGUCAUUGAGCGGCUACUGUGAAAGGUAA